AGUGUGAGAGAUAAUUUUCAGCAGGCUCAGAAGUGGUAGUUCUACACGGCCACAGCACGUCACGUGAUGCUGAGCUUCUGUAAGGUUACGAGCACCAAACUACACGUCUCGCAUUUUUAUCGGUACACGUUCGUCGGAAGUAUGGAAGCAUUUGUAGAUACUGUUAUUGGAGGCGCACUGAUGAAGAUUUUUGAGGUAGAUUACUUGCGAAUACUAACUACUGCACCUGAAGAUGGCAAGUAUGUUUGCGUCGAAGACGGAUAGCAGUUGGUAUUCAAUGUAGUUGAAAGGCAUUUAUUAAUCUUACUCCAAAACGUCGACCUUGAGCUUGACCUACCACGUGCGUCUAUUCAGCUUUUUUAGCCUGCGUCGUUUCAUCAUUGCCGCAAAAAGAACAAGGAACGAUGACGCAGGUCGGACCUCGGCGGACGGGCUGACCGCUUGGCGACGUGUGAGGCGGAGAGAAGUUGCACUUUUAGAAGCCCCCGCGGGAAGCCGAAAAGAAACCGCUUCUCGUUCUCCUUUUGCAGUAGAAAGUGCAGAACAAGUCCCGUUGUGCGGAUCGGGAAACUGCCAAGGGAGAGCAGCAAAUAGUUCACCACAGGACGAGCCUCUAGUACUCCUGAGUUUCAUCUUUAAUCAUGGACGCCGCAAACGCGUACAAUGGUCAGAUCAAGGACGGUCUGUUCCACGGCAAGGGUACCCUCGUGUACCAGGGAAACGAAAAGUACGAAGGGGACUGGGUCUUCGGAAAGCGAGAGGGAACAGGCAGAUUCACGUACGAUAAUGUUUUAUUUUUUAGUGCAGCAGAGUCAGCCCAUAACUUUUUUCAAAAAGAAACCUGCAGUGCAGGCACGCACCUGUUCGUUCUCGUGAUACUACACACACUCGCUUGUUCAGUACAUGGUACUCUACGCGACGGGGAGACGGCAGAAUGUCAGUGCAUGACACACAAAGCUCUGAAAUGUGAUUUACUUAAAACCAUCGUCCACAGGUAUGCCGACGGUGCAAUAUUUGAGGGGCAGUGGCAGGAUGACAGAAUACACGGCCACGGAACAUCGCUAUUCGCAAGUGGGAACAGGUACCAUAAUUGUUGCAGGAAAGAAGUAGUUGUACUUUGCAAAAACUUGCAAUUCUCGCGUUUCGAGUUAUGUUUUGUCGGAGCAAACUCCUUGUUCGACGGAGGCGAUGCCGUCGAUCGUGAUUACAAGAGAAAUCAAAAUCAUGUCUCUCGUUUUGUACUCUGGUUCGGCGCGUCUGCUUGCUGCAUGAGAAAAUAUUGGCCGGGUUGCUCGGGACUUGGCAUCCCGAGCCCCAGAGCCUGAGGGGCCGCCGUGUCUGGUUGCUACUUUCUGUUUGUGCUGGAUAGUCGCCCGCGGAUGGGGAUCCUUUUUUUCUUUUCUUUUUUCAUUUUUUUCAUCUUCUUCAUAGCUUCUGGAAUUUGUCGGAACGGGAUUGAUUUGCAAUUUUCUUGCAAUGGGGACCGAUUCCGCGCGCCGGCUUCUGCGCCGGCUCGCUCUGCCUGCGGAACGGGAAUCGAUCGCGGGCGUAGCGUUGUAUGGAAGGAAACGGCAGCAACCAGACCCGUCGGCGCCCUCAGGCGCGCGGCACAGAUUAAAUAUUGCAUGGCGGAGGCGCGGCAGGGUAGUCAGAAUUUCCUUGCUAAACACAGGCCCGCGGAAAGAAGUUUGACGAAGUUAGCGCCAAUUUGCUAGCGCUUUGCGGCCUUUUUUCGCCUGUUCCUUCGAGAUGAAGUAAAAAAAACUGCGAAAAAUAAUGACAAAAAAUUCGACAGCAUGCAAGACAAUGCAGAGACCGCAUUUGUGGACAUGUGCGUCGCGCGCAUGUCGGGCCAACAUUGCUGUGCGCUGGCCUGCUGCCACGGCACAAAAGUAAUGUCGUGGCGAUUUGCGCGACAAUUCACAACUGUACUUUCCCUUUCUUUCUCAGGUACGAGGGUAGCUGGGACAACGGACGCAUCAACGGUUACGGAAAGCUAACGUACAGCAACGGAGACGAAUAUGAGGGAGAAUGGCAGGACGGAAAGAUGCACGGCCGUGGUGUGUACCGCUACGCAGAAGGCGACGUCUACAGCGGGGAAUGGAGGGAAGACAAGAGACACGGGAAGGGAACAGUCACGUACGUGAGCAGCAAGGUAUCAACACUUUUGCAACGUCUACUGUACCUAGUCACCCUAGCUCUCUACAACUACUUCUAUGAGUCUGUAUUUGCCGGACUUACAUCCUGGUAUUUCUAUUUUCCUGUGAUCUUGUUGACAGCGGAUGCAAGGAGUCAUCACUUUUGUGCAACAACUCUUUCUUCAGGGCUCCGUUGUCGAGAAAUACGAGGGGGACUGGGUAAAUGGAAAGAUGCACGGCCACGGGAGGUAUCAGUAUGCCGUAUGAGUAGAGUGCACAACUCCCCCUCCCCCUCAUUUGUCAUGCAAAAUACCAAAUCCACACUUUGACUUUGCAUCUUGGCCCUGUUCGCAUGACAAAUUCUGGCAGCCCAAAUAGCACGACACUCCUGUGCAAUUUUGUCAUGCAAAACCUGCAUUCUUGCUGGCACUUGUGCUGCUGCUCCUACUAUACAAAUGAGGGGGAAGGGGAGUUGUGCGCUCUCAUAUGCCGACGGCGGAAUCUACGAGGGGAAUUGGAUUGACGGAAAAAUGCACGGAAAGGGCAUGUACUACUUGCUUCGAGCGAUAAUAUCGCUCUUGAAAUUUGGUUGUCGCUGUCGGCCAAUCUACUACUUCCGAAUCUGUUCAGCUGUGAAGUAGUUCAAUGUCCUCUCCCACGGAGUGAUACAACUUUUCUGCUGCACGAUACAUCCCUGCUCUGACUGAUUCCAUCCACUGGCAUUCCAAUAUGAAAAAACAAAAUCAGAUAUGUCUUCCCUAAUGGCAACGAGUACGACGGUGAGUGGGCAAACGACAUGAAAGAAGGCUACGGCAUUCUCACCUACAAAAAUGGGGAGCGAUACGAGGGUUACUGGAAAGCCGACAAAGUGCACGGAAAGGGAACGCUUGUCUACACGUAUAAUGGUCUUUGCUUUUAUUAUUUUUUCCGCACAAGGCCAAGAAAACGACGUUGCCUCUCUCUCAUUGCAGAAGUGCGUAAUUGUGCCUCGGACGGUCAUCUUCAAGCCCUGUCUUUAUUUUCACUAUCUCUGUACUAGAUGAACGAAGGGACGGGGAGUACUAAACUGCUUCGCAAAGAAAAUAAAACAGGUACGGCGACCAAUUUAUCGGCGACUGGGUCGACGCAAAGAAGCACGGCUAUCAAAUGCAAAUAUGUCUGGGUCUGGAACAAAGCAACUUGUCAUGCUAAAGCUGAAUCACUUAAAAGUCUGCGUUGCAUGAUUACCAAAAGCUGUCCACUUUCGACCUAAUCGAGAGGCAGUUUCUCAUGCAGGAUAGGCAUGGCAGAACUCUCACAGAAUCUUCUAUCUGUCAUGCUAUGUCCUACAUUUCAGGUCUCAUGGCUCAUGGAAAACCUGCAUGACAAGUAUGGCACUCUUCCAGACCCAGACAUGUUUGCAGUUGAUAACGGCGAGGGUGAGUUGAUCUACUCAAACGGCGAUCGCUUCCGAGGACAGUGGGUGGACGACCGAGCUUGCGGCUUUGUAUGCAAGAAAAAAACUAUGUGAGUGUAAAUCUGUGAUGCAAAACACACAACACAAUAUACACCUGUCAUGCUGGUCAGCCAUCAACUCCUGUUUUCGUAUGUGUUUUUACGUACAGCCUGAGCAUGACAGGUUUUCUUUGUCAUGUAGAGCAAAUUUGUCAUGCUGUCUCUCCAAGACACCUACACUAACACAGCUUUUUCCUUGUAUACUUUGGCGUCUUUGCGUAUUGUGUUCUUUUUUGAUUUUUGCAGCAUGAUCGAUCCGAUCCCGGUUUUUACAAGUGGUAAAAACAACUGCAGUUGGCUCCUGCGCAUAAGUUAUUUCCUCGUUGCAGGCCGCCAGAUGAUAAAAUUGCAUGAAAAAACUUAUGUAUUGAUCUUGAUCGCAGGUACGCGAACGGUAACCGCUAUGAAGGUCAAUGGAUAGACGACAAAAGGCACGGAAGAGGGCAGUUCGUUUGUGCGCAGGACGGAGCCACGUAUUAAAAUCGGCUUUUGAAGAUGAUGCUGCGUUGAAAGAGAAAGUGUUUUUUCUUCAGUAGGUAGUCAGUUUCUCAUCUUUCAUGAUAGGAGUAGUUUUAAAAAUGGUCCACCCUAACAAGUAUAAAGAAGAAGAACCCUUACCGAAAACAGCUACGACGGUGAGUUCGCAAGUGGGCGGAAAGAAGGGCGUGGCUUGCUGAAGUUUUCCAACGGACACAUUUUGUCUGGUACCUGGCAGCAUGGUGACCUGAAGUCAACGCAAGACUUCGUUUUCGCGAACGAUAGCCCGUGGAAGAACCCCGACUUGUAAAUAAAUCACAGGAGUCGUGGAGGCCGUCGUUUCCGGAGAAAGAGCAAGAAUUAUGUCGGGAAAAAAGUAAAAAGUAGAAUCUAUACGCAAAAUCUUAUGAUGAAUGAAAUGCUAAUUAUGCCAAGAAUGUACUAUACGCCAAAUAGAUUCGUCUAUCGCAGGAUGAAGAUGAGCGCGUAUCUUUCCUCUUAUUCAACUUCUUGCGCGCCCAAGGAGUAAUUGUUGCGUCAUUGCGAUUUUACAAAGAUGAAAAUCGUGCUCCUUCCGUGUCUUUCCAAAGAUGAAAGCAAAAGAGACUAUUGAUGACGCAACGUACUGCACAGGAUGGUGAUGAACGCACCCGCAUAUUAUGAUAAUACGAUGGAACAACAGAUCAUUUGCAAUCUGUGCCACUACCAGUGAACUGUUUUACCGCCUGUAAACAACCAGAUGACUCGUCGCGUGCUCGUUACAUCGCAACGCGAGCGGUUUUUUCCUUUUCUCCGUGUCAAAAUUUAUUUGACUCCAAUGCCAUGCGAAGGCAUGGCUGAUAUGUUGUAGUCAGUGGUUUAAUACUAGAAAUUGAACCAGGAGGAGAAGUAGUAAAGUUCUUUUUUUCAUGUGGUGUCCGUCGAAGGGCCUGUUCGUGUGGCCGUGAGCUGUGAUAUUAAGAGUCCCUGCGAACAAUAUUUCGUCGGAGUGAAGUAUCCAGGAAAAAAACUGUGUAAGUGCAAAUCUGUGAUGCAGAACAUGCAACAGAGUAUACACCUGUCAUGCCAGACAGCCAUGAAGUCCUCUAUUCGUGUGUGUUUUCCCUUACAAGCCACGCAUGACAGGUUUUGGCUGUCAUGUAGAGCAAAUUAGUGAUGCUGUCAGCCAAAGAUAGUUACACUAACACAGUUUUUUCCUUCGAUAUGAAGACCACACCGGUUGAUGGCAAGAAUAUGCAGAGCGCUGCCAUGCGAUUGACAUCGCAUGCAGAAUGACAACGAUAUGCAGUUGCAGACAAAUACAGAACCCACUUAAACUGCAUCGUGAUAGAUUAACAAAACAAACAUAAUCAACCAAAAGC